AUGCCCAGAGCUUUUCGAGCACCAUGGGUCCCUAGGGUUAGCGCGGAGAAUGCUUGGGUGCCCCUGGAGCACAGCAGGGGGAAGUAUCAGCGAGAGAGACGAGCGAGCGGGAGCGGGAGAAAGAGGCAGCGAGAGGGCGACUCCGCCGCUCACACAGAGGUGGGGGCGGGAGGAGCCGAAGGGGAGGAGGAGGAGGCUGGCGGAGGAGGUGGGAGGAGUGGGGCGCUAGCCGGCUCCUGUUGCUCGCGGAGCGGCGGUCUGCUGGUUGCCGGCGACCCGCCGGGCGCUAAUAAGGCGGCCGGAGCCCCCCCGGGCGGCCCCUCCCGCCGCGGCGCCCACGUCACGCGGGGCCGGGGCCCGCGCCCCCCGCGCCCUCCGGGACGGCCGGGGCGGGCGCGGCCCGCGCGGGAGGACGACGGCGAGUGGGGAGGAGUGCGGAGGAUGGCGCAGGCGGCCGGCCCCUGGCGGGGUCAGGGUGCCACACCGCCUAGAGUACACAGGCCUCAGUGUCUCUGCCUCUCAGCAAGAUUAAGUUAUCAAAUGAUUUCUGCCCAGUGUGGCCGGAGCUUCCUGGGAGGAGAAGACAGCAACCUGGGCUCCAGAGCCCUUGAAGAUGUGAAGACACUUUGCUGGAAUCCAAGCCCAGGCUCACUUCCUGAGGCACACCUGAGGCAAAGGAAAUUCUCUUGUUGUCUACAGAUAGAAGCUGACAGGGAACUAUCAAAGACUGGCACUUUCUUACUUUAUGGCUAUAAGAUACUCCAAGAUCAUCUUGCAUAUUUCCUGCCUUCACCCUGGAAUCAGCCAUUUCUCCAAGAAGCCUUGGCUCCUUUUAUUGGCGAAUGGUCUUAGAAAUCAACAGAGAACAAACUGAGGGUUGAUGGAGGGAGGUGGGUGUGGGAUGGGGUACACAGGUGAUGGGCAUUGA